AUGAGUGAAGAAGAUUAUUUUAAUGAGGAUCAAAUUAAAGUGUUGAAAGCGUUCUUUUCAACAUUUAUAGCCGAAUUAGAUGAUGAUGAAACCCGAGAAUUAAUUUCAACUUCGUGUUCAGUGAACAAUAAAGAAAAUCUUUCCUCAAUUAAAUCUUUUGCUAAAUUUGACUUAUCAUCAUCAUAUCCGGAAUUUUUAGAAUAUUUUAUGGAAAGUUUAAUAAACUUUACGACAGAGGAUAAAUUAUCAAAGAUUCGAUUCAUAUUAAAAUUACUUUCGAUUCGCCUUUCAGCGUACUUAUUAACGGGACACUUUAAACCAUUUUACGAAUUAACCAGGAAGCAGAGAGAAAAGGUUAUACAAACAUGGGCCAUUUCAUCAAGUCUUUUUAGAAGAUUAUAUCAUAACUUUGCGUUGUUGAUUACAGGAUCAUUUUGGUUAAAUCCACCAACGGAAAUUACCAAUACAAUUGGAUAUCCUGUCACCGAUCCCGAAAUCAAUUCAGAAAAGUUUACAUCAAAAUCAUUUCCAAUUUAUGAUUUCAUAGAAAUACCAGCCGAAGGAUGUGAGUUGGAAUUUGAUGUGAUCGUCAUCGGUAGCGGAGCAGGUGGAGGUGUCAUAGCGGCUGAAUUAGCCAAAGCCGGGAACAGUGUGUUGAUAUUGGAGAAAGGAAAAUAUUAUCAUCAAAGUGAGUUAACCAUGAGAGCCAACGAUGGAUUAAAAAAUCUUUAUGAGAGAAAAGGAGUUAUGAUAUCAGAAGAUGAUAGUAUUGCUGUUCUGUCAGGAUCAACUUUUGGUGGUGGUACCGUGGUAAAUUGGUCUGCUUCUGUUAGACCGCAAGAUUUCGUUAGAAAAGAAUGGGCCAAACCAGGAUUAGAUUACUUUCUAAGUGAUGAAUUUAAUGAUGCAUUAGAUUAUGUUGAAGGAAGGAUGGGAGUUUCCGCAUCUCAAGUAACUCAUAAUGAACAGAAUAAGAUUCUUAUCGAUGGUUGUAAAAAUCUUGGAAUUCAUAAUGAUAUAGUGGCACAAAACUCUGGAGGACACGCGCAUUCUUGUGGUUGGUGUGGCUAUGGAUGUGAGUGGUUGGAGAAACAAUCGACAUUGAUGACAUUUUUACAAGAUGCAAGGGAUUCAGGAGCGAAAUUUAUACAAGAUUGUUUCGUUGAGAAGAUAUUAAUCAAAAAUGGCAAAGCGAAUGGAGUCGAAGCCCUAGUAUCAGGAGAUAAGAGAUUAAUGGUUUCGGCAAAAAUUGUCGUAGUAUCAGCUGGAUCGAUUCAUUCGCCUGCAAUAUUAUUAAGAAGUGGCAUCACCAAUCAAAAUUUAGGAAAACAUUUACAUAUACAUCCAGCAUGUGAAACUUAUGGUAUAUUUCCAGAUCGAGAGGUUAAAGGUUAUGAUGGGACAAGCAUAUGUUCGGAGAAAGAAAAUAUCAAUGGCAAAGGCUAUGGAGUUAGAAUUGAAACUCCUGAACAUGAUAAACAUAGCUUAUUACAAGGCAUUAUCUUGUCUUUGAAGAUUUUGGUAUCUGCUGGUGCCAAACGAGUUGGAACUGCUCAGGCCGGAAUCGAAGAUUUCGUUGUUAAUGAAUUGGGUAACGUUGAAGAUGAAACUUUUUUGGAAUAUUUGGAAAAAGUUGAAGAAAUUGGUUUGACCGAGAAUAGGACUUUUAUCGGUACCACUCAUCAAAUUGGCACUUGUCGAAUGGGAGAUCAUCCUUUAAAUUCGGUGACGCUUUUUGUCUCUGCUCAAGAACUUCCUCCAACAAAGCUUGAUUUCCAUACCGUUAAGAUCCCUAAAUAUGCCUCAUGGUAUAAAUGCAAUACAUUGUCGACGGAAUUUAUGAGUUAUGCCAUAAAGUUAGCCAGUAAUUACGCACAAGUAGAUCCAAUAAAUUAUGGCGGCAAAUACAUAUUUGAUGAUCAACCUGAAUUAAAUAAUAGUUUUUAUGGAAAAUAUGGAAAAGGGUUUGUCGCUAGGGCCACUAAUAGGACGGAUUAUAUUAUCGUAUCACUAUGUGGAGAUAUCGGCCCUAAUGGUUCUUUUAUAGGUGUAUCAUAUUCUUGCGGGAGAGUUUUUACAUCGCCGCCUGGUACAUGGUGUUUAAUAAUUUAUAACCCAUUUUUCAAUGAUCAAAAGUUAGAUGUCGUUCUUUCUUUUACUGAAAGUGUAUUUGUAGAUGGUUCAUAUAGAAAAGAUCAAAACGAAACCAUUACUAUAGCUAAAGAAAUUAGAACGUUUAAAUCAUAA